GAAUGUGGCGUGUAACGCGUGUUAGAUCCAGAAGAAGACGACAGACAAUCGGCGGUUAAAGUGUCCAACAGCAGACACCGUGGGAGGAAUGUUUUUCAUCUGGCUUUAAAUGUCAGCAACUAAGUGGGAAGGAGAAAAGAGGGAGGGCGACAGAGAGAGAGAUGAUGAAUGCUGUCAGCAGCCUGGAGUCAGAGAUGCUCCACAUACACAGAUCAUUAGCAACUGAAUUACUCCACUGCUAAACUGAUUAUAGCUCAAGUUAAAUUGUAAAUAUUGAGCCUGCGAUAGCUGGUGAAGGUGUGGACUGGGCGCCACCCAUCAGUGCUGGAACAGGAUGUGAUGUCACAGCGGUAGCGGCUGCCGUUUUCUGUCCAGCUUCGUGUUUUUUCGCCCCCCGCUCCGAGGACAGGACAUGUUUGAGGCCAAACCCCGGGCUGUGGAGAAGAAAGAGUCGAGCACUGAGACAGAUGAGGGGCUGGGCAGCAGCGGGAGGCAUUAUGGCUCUGGCUCGCUUGGCUCCGGUUCGGCCGGCUCCGUCUACCUGUCAGACAGCCAGGACUGGGUGGUAUCCCCGAUCUGCUCGCCAGACGAAGGCCCCGGCCAGCACAGCGCCAUCUCCCCUGUGCUGGCCGAGGAGACGUUUCGCUACAUGAUCCUCAGUGCUGAUCGCGUGGAGCAGAUGACCAAGACUUACAAUGACAUGGAAGUGGUCACGCAACUUUUGGCUGAGCGGGACAGAGACCUGGAGCUGGCAGCUCGGAUUGGCCAGUCGCUUCUGCAUAGGAACCACCUGCUGCAGGAACGCAACGAGGCUUUAGAAGAACAGCUAGCGCAGGCCCUGGACCAGGUUCACCAACUCCAGCAUGAGCUCAGUAAGAAGGAUGAGUUGCUGCGGAUGGUUGCCAGCGCGUCGGAGGAGAGCGAAACCGACUCCAGCGUCUCAACGCCGCUGCGGCAGCCUCUGCCACCGGGAACCACCGCUGCUGCACUCAGCCAGCUGGAGUAUCUACAGAGCAAGCUGCAGGAGCUAGAGGAAGAGAACCUGUCACUGAGGUCUGAGGCAUGUCAACUGAAGAGCGACACCAUCACCUAUGAGGAGAAGGAGCAGCAGCUUGUGAGCGACUGUGUCAAGGAGCUCCGGGAGUCCAACAGCCAGAUGGUGUCUCUGACAGAUGAACUGUCCCAGAAGAACGAGGAGCUGCUCAGGCACCAGGAGGAAAUCGCUCAGCUGCUGUCUCAGAUAGUGGAGCUGCAGCACAGAGUGAAGGAGCUGGCUCUGGAGAAAGAGGAGCUGAGGAUCCACCUGCAAGCCUCUAAAGACGCUCAGAGACAGCUCACAGCAGAGCUGAACGAGUUAGCGGACAGGAAUGCAGAGUGUGUCGAGAUGCUCCAUGAAUCCCAGGAGGAGAUCAAAGAGCUCCGCAGUAAAAACACUCCCUCUGCUGGGAUGAGGAGGCACCUUUCUUACGGCCUCUACCCCAUGGACUCUCUGGCAGCAGAGAUCGAGGGCACCAUGAGGAGAGAGCUGAGUGUCGAAGAAGAGACUGUCUUUCAGGACCAAAGAAUAUCCCAGAAGCGAGUCUUCCAAACAGUCCGCUCCAUCAAUGCCUCAGCAUCGCGGUCAGCGUCAGCCACUCCUCCUAUCCCCGGCUCAGGACAGAGCUCUUUAGUGAUGACUGCACAGCCCUUCCAGUCCGUUCAAGGGUAUGUUGUCUUCCUUCCUACCUUUGAAGCUAAGUUUAAACCUUGUCAGCUCAAUAAAUGUCCCCGUGUUUGCAGGGAGGAGGUGCGAUUGGGUCAGCCCGGCUGUCCAGGAGGAAACGACCUGACCAAAGCGCUCCACCGCCUGUCGCUGCGCCGACAGAACUUCCUGUGCGAGCGCCAGUUCUUUCAGGCGGAGCGUGAGAAGAAGCUGCAGGCGUUGGCGGGGGCGGAGGCAGACGGGGAGGUCAGCGGCUGCAGCUCGCCGAUGGGCAGCAUGCUCUCCUCUUUCUCCAACCUGUCGGAGCUCUCCUUCGGCUCCAGCGUCUUCAAGACCUUCCUGCCUGAGAAGCUUCAGAUCGUCAAGCCCAUGGAAGGUUCACUGACGCUCCAUCACUGGCAGCAGUUGGCCAAACCUCACCUGGCCACCAUCCUGGACCCCCACCCUGGUGUGGUGACCAAAGGUUUCUGCCCGCUGGCUCAGGAUGCCGUCUAUCGCCUGUCUGACAUGGAGGAAGACGAGGAGGAUGAAGAGCACGGAGGGAUUGGCGUCCUGGAGAAGGGGGCGUCAGAGCGUGGUAAGGAAGAUGAGGACGAGGAAGAGGAGGAAGGCGGGAUCACCUUCAAGGUGCGCGUUUCGUCCACGCCGGAGGAGAGGAAGGACAGAAAGCAUUCGGUGUCACCUCUCCCUGUCCCGAUUCUCUCCCCCACCCUCCCGAUGUUACCCGGAACACCUGCCACAACCUCCUCGGUCACAUCGGUCCUCUGUCUGACUCCCACACCUCACCAUGCCACUGACAAAUCCAGCCUAUCAUCUCAAUCCAUUCCAGGAGUCUGUACGACAGUGGUCCAAUCACAAACUUCGAUUUGCACCUCAAUAUCAACAACAGCAUCUUCCUCUGUCCAAUAUCCAGGAAAGUGUCACAGCUCCACCUUCUCCACCUACACCUUCACAACCUGUCGCAUCCUGCACCCCACUGACAUCACACAGGUCACCCAAAGCUCUCAGUCGUCCCUUGCCAACACACCCAGCUCCAUGAGGACAGGCCCCAGUACCCCUGUGACUCCUUGCAGACUGAGUCUGGGUGACUCCUUUCCCCCUCGACGACCCCUUGCGCCCCCCUGUGGCUUGGCCAAGCUGGUGCUGGAGAAGGGCAUUUCUGCACAAGUCUCCACUGACGUCCCUCCAUCAUCCCCAAAACCCACGUCCCGAAAGCACCUGUUCCGCUUCCUCCCAAGCACGCCCCCAAACUCCCCCACCCACUCACCCGCUCCCUCCCCGGUGCCCAUGGAGUCCCGCCAGCACUCGGCUGACAAUUUCCUCGCCUCUCGGCCGGCAGAGCUUUUUCUCCAGGACGUUUAUGGGUUGAAUCUGGGCCGUGCCCCUCAUCCUGACCUACCAAGCUCCUCCCAGGAACCCCCAGCCCUUGUCCCACCCUCGAAGUCAGGCAGAGCCGGGCCUGACCUGGUCAACGUAGGCCUUGUGGAGAGGCUGCGGCGGCUCGGAUUCACCAAGGUUCUCCAGGGUUCAGAGUCCGAGGCGUCAGUGCCACGCCAGGAUUCUGCUACCUUUGUGUCAGCAAGCGGAGGAAGCCUGUUGGACGGCCUGAGGCGCAACCAGAGUCUCCCAGCCAUGAUUGGUGCCCGAGCUGGGAAGUCAUCCAGUAACAUGGGACCUCCUCCUCACCCCACCUCCUUGGCCCUGCCCCCACCACCCUGGGGAAACCUAAAAGAGCGGCGCCGGAAACUUGCCUCUAUCUCCCAUGUCCCGUCGAGUUCAACCAAACGCUGAGGGGAAGAGGUGGAUGGAGCAGGACACACACUCUAGAACAUAAACUUUCUCCUUUACACCUCCAUCCUCUUCUCCCCCACCAUCUCUCCAUCUUUCUGCCUUUCGGAGAGAGGAGCCAGGGCAUCCUGUGUGCAGAACAAUCCCUCCUUUUUCUCAAUUAAUUUUAAAGCACAAUUGAACUAAACUGACUGUUUUUAGUGAUACCGCAGUGUCUAUAGGUGUAGAUGUUUGCCUUGAUGCUAGUUAUCGAAACCUUGGCUUGCCUCUGAGUGGGUCGUUUGGCUUCUGGUACCUUCUCAUGUACAAAUCUUAAUUAGGUUCUGUAGUUUUUCUGUGAGGCUCUGGAUGUUCAGGUACGGGUAGAGAUGGGGGUGAAGGAUAGCAUGUAAGUGGACAAAGGUUUGUGGAUGUCGUUUAGGAAAGAACAUGGGUCAAGACGAAGGUAUGAGAGGAAAUGGAGAGUGGUUUUUGCACGUUUAUUCAAGUCAGAAGAGGGAGUGGAAGGCAAAGAGACAGACUGAGCAUCCAGAGUCUUGCUGAUUCAAGGGCUUGUUCUGUAGUGGGUUGGAAAAGCGUUAGUCUCGAAUAAGAUAGUAUCAUCAGCGAAUAAAAACUUUGAGAGUCAGAAGGGAAGUGAUUCAACAUACUUUUAUUACUUACUGACUAGAAGACUAAGUGCUAGCUGGCUUAACGGCAUACUGCCAUGCUAAUCUUGUAGUCAGACCAUGCUAUCAACAUGCCAGUAUUAUUAUAAUGAUUUUACAGUAGUCCGUUGUUGCACGGAUGUCUGGUGACCGUCCAUGUGCCGUGCCCCUUCCUGCGAAGCGUCUGCAUGACACGUCAAGUGACCUUGCCCACAGGGUCCCAGCAUGCACCUGUCGGCAGACGGGUGGGGCCAGGCUGAAGGCGAGGUCAGAACCCCAUCAGACGCCGGGUCUUUUUAGUUUUGUGUGUUUUUAAAUGGUAUGAGGCCUUAAGUAGAAGCCAGCACUGUUAUGAUUUGUUCCUGUUAAAGCCAUGUUUGUAUUUAUCCGUUGCACUCGGUGGGAUUUGGAGGUCGGGUUUGUGUUCAUCUGAGUGAUCACUGCUUGGUUGAACAUUUCAACGCGGCCGCGGGCCUUUAACAGAAAAAAGCGGGGGAGUUUCAGUUUUCAGCCACUAUCCUUAUCUCAGGCCCAUGGGAUGUUCAGGUUCAGUCUGUUAAGAGGGAGAAACCAUUGACACGUUAUUUGAGUUGUGUAUCACAUGCAGGUUUGUUCUGUGGUUGUUUUCCGUGUUUUAAAAUGUGUCUCGGGGAUUAUGUCAAAGACGUAUGUCAUUCACAAGUGGUGAGGCAAUAUAAAGGAAAUAAAUAACGUAAUAUGUUUAGAGACAAGGAAGCAGAGCUCUGUGUUUGACCCCCGUGAACCUUCAGUGCUGCUGUCCGUAACAUUCAUCAGUCCAACCAAACCCUCCCACUCAACUACUGCACUUUUACUUUUUUAUGUAACCUUUUGUUUUACUGACAUCACUAUUUGAAGAAUAUAGAUUCUAACAUAUUAAUGAGAAGAUUUAGUAUAAUGUGUGCCUGUCGUAACAAUGUCGGCUAACAUUUCGACUGAGAUUUUAAUAUAUGUAGCAUUAUUUUUAUUAUUUUUUUGCUUUCGACAUGUGAAGGGAAUCCAAAUCAAACCAAAAGUUUUAUUUUGAUGAAAUGGAAUACUCCGGUUCACACGUGUGCAUGCGAUGCAUUUUGUGCUAAUCAGUUACAGCAUAUUUAACAACGGGAAAAAAAGAGCUUCAGUUUAAUGUUGUGUUUGUAGGACUGGGAGUAGAGGGAAGAUCCAGCACAACCAGGCUGUUCAUAUCUUUAGAUCGUCGUAGUUGUUUCAGAGCAGGAGCUUCAGGUUUGUUUUUCUUUGGCUGACAUGUAAAAUGUCCUGUGAUUUCUUUAUGCCUCCCAUCUAAAAUCAUGAUCCUCUGUAAACUACACAUGGCUAUUAUUCAGUUGCCUCUUUUUUAAAAUAAAGCAAUGGAAACAAAG